UCCACCUGCGCGUGGCCCGCUCCGGCUGCGCUGCUGCGUCUCUCCGUUUCACUUUCCCUGUGGCUGACUCUCAUUCCUCUCUGCCGCUGUGUAUAUUUACGUGUGUGUGUGUCUGAAUGUGUAACGCUCUCCGCCUUGGUCUUAACUCUUGCCUACCUGUGCCUGUGUCCGAGCGGUGAGUUCGCCAGCGCAUGCGGUUGUUGGUUCCACUUGUGACCGAGACUGGCUGGCUCUGCCUGCAAGUUCGACCGCCAAUUUGUCCGGCCGUGUGGUUGUCCCUGACGUGACAUCGGUCCGAGUCUGGUUGUGACUCAUUGUAACCUGUAAGAGUCUGUGAAUAUGUGCGAGUGAGAGAGGUGUGUAUUGUACAGGGGUGUGUGUGUCUGUGUGAGUUACGUGUGUGUGAGUUACGUGUGUGUGUGUGUGUGAGUGGUUGUGAGUCCACACUGCACAUCGUUUGGGAAGAGAGGAGCGAUGCCGAGGUGAUAUCACAGCGAUGAACGGCAGCAUGAGUAGGGAGGUGUUGCUGCAGGAUCUGCUCAUGAAGAGGUCCCAGCAGCGGAAAAUCACGAGUCCCUGCAACUUCAAGGAGCGCGUGUUCAUUCUCACCAGCGAUCGGAUCUCCUACUACGAGGGCACGCUGGAGAGACUGGGCUCACGGAAGGGUGUGGUGGAGUUGAAUAAGGUGCAGUGCGUAGCGAGCAUCACCACGUGCUCCGAGGGGGGCACACCCGGGAAUGGCUGGUACCCCUUCCAGGUCGUGCACGAGGAGGCGACUCUCUACAUCUUCACUCUUAAUGAGUCGGUGCGGAACAAGUGGGUCAACACGCUCAAGGAUGUUACGAGACAGAACCAGUACCUGCUGUCCAAGUUCCACCCCAGCCUGUGGGGCAACACAAAGUGGCCCUGCUGUGGCCAACCCGACAAGAAGGCCAUCGGCUGCGUGGUGUACACACACCACUCUGACGUCAAAUCUUUGAUAUACCAGAAACCCCUGCCACCAAUUCCGGACGAAGAGCAAAACACUGGACAGGAUGUCUGCUGGGCGUCCCCCAUGCGCCGCCUCCCGCCCCCGCCACCCCCAGUGGAGGAGCCCUCCCAUCAGCUUGUGGCGCUUUUUGACUUUGGAGGGCUGGAGCCGCACGACCUCCCGCUUAUGCGGGGGUCGUUCUAUGAACUCGUGGACAACCACGAUCCCCACUGGUGGAAGGCACGCAACGAACACGGGCAGGAGGGGUACGUACCGAGCAGCUACGUAAGCAUCGUGACCGGGAACAUCGUGCAGGAAUCUGAGUGGUUUUGUAAAGACGUCACGAGAGUCCGCGCUGAACAGCUUUUAAAACAACAGGGUAAGGACGGGGGCUACAUGGUGAGAGACUCGAGUCAACCGGGCAAGUUCACCGUGUCCGUGUUCACCACCAAGCCCACGGAGACGAUUAAGCAUUACCACAUCAAGGAGAACGUCCAGGGUCAGUUCUUCCUGGCAGAGAAGCACGUGUUCUCCAGCAUCCCAGAACUCAUCAUGUACCACCAACACAAUGCCGCGGGUCUCGUCGUGAGGUUAAGACAUCCUGUGAAUCAUCAGAGUAUCGGGGCUCCUACAACCGUUGGAUUCAGCUACCAGAAGUGGGAGAUCGACCCCCAGGAGUUGACGUUCACGCACGAGCUCGGCAGUGGACAGUACGGGGUCGUGAGGCUCGGGCAGUGGAAAAGACGAAAGUUAGUUGCUGUCAAGAUGAUCCAGGAGGGAGCCAUGUCCGAGGAGGACUUCAUCGAAGAGGCCAAGGUCAUGAUGCAGUUGUCGCACCCGCGGCUGGUGCAGCUGUACGGGGUGUGCACGCAGCAGCGGCCGCUGUGCAUCGUGACGGAGUACAUGGCGGGGGGGUCGCUGCAACUUUUCCUGAAGGCUCAGCGUGGCUCCACAGUGCCCGAGCUCAUGGCCGAGAUCUGCUUAGACGUGUGCGAAGCAAUGAGCUACCUGGAGGCGAAGAUGUUCCUGCACCGCGACCUGGCCGCACGGAACUGUCUGGUGGGAGAGGGUAACAUUGUGAAAGUUUCGGAUUUUGGAAUGACGAGGUACGUGCUGGAUGAUCAGUACACCUGCUCGAUGGGCGCCAAGUUCCCCGUCAAGUGGUCCCCACCGGAGGUGUUCCAGUACACACGCUUCAGCACCAAGUCUGACGUGUGGUCUUUUGGCGUGUUGAUGUGGGAGGUAUACACGGAGGGACACAUGCCCUUCGAGGGAUGGUCAAACCAGCAGGUGGUGGAUGAGAUUCUGCGUGGCUGCCGCCUGUACCAGCCGGCGCUGUCCCCUCCCACCGCCUACAGCAUCAUGCUGGACUGCUGGCAAGAGAAGCCGGAGUCGCGCUGCUCCUUCAUUGAGCUGCUGCCCCGCAUCCGGGCGCUGUGCGUGCAGGACUACAGCGAGUAGCAACACGCGGGGAGACGCACGGAGAGAGACACUGGGAGAGAUGGAGACACGUGGGGAGAUACAUGGGGAAAUGCAAUGAAGAGACGCUGAGAUAUAUGUUAAAACAUGGCGGCACACUGCAGGACACACAGAGAGACACUGUGAGAAACUGCGAGCCACGGCGGUGAAACAAUGGGCCAGCUGGACACUCAAGGCGGGAUGGCAGUGUGCAUAGUGUCACCUAAGAUGCCACCCUCUACUGAUUAUUUCUCCCCAUUCAUUGCCUCCACCUCCUGUCUCUCUCCCUGCCUCUAUUAUUUCUCUCUCAUCUCAGUUCACUUAUCACUGUGUGAUGAAUUUCCCUUCACUCAUCUCAUCUUUUAUCAUGUCCUUAUUGUGUCUCUCAUCAUGAUCACUCUCCAUUAUCAAUCCGUCUCUCUCCUCGCUCUCUCUCUCUCUCAGUGGGGUAGUGUAGUUGGCAUCGGCCCUGGUACAAAUAAUACCGUGGAUCCCCUUUCCAAUUUUCCUCCGCACUCUUCAUAGCCCAGUGUCUGGGCCCCUGUCGCAGUUGCACUGCCUACACACUCGACAGCUAUGCCUCUACUCUCUACCCGUCUCUCGCUUGUGUCUUCAUCUCUCUUUUAUUUCUCCCUUGAUAAUCUUUAUCCAUCUCUCACCAUCACGUUUCUCUCUCACCAGCUUGCCACGUCAUUACCCCCUUUGCCCGAGUUACCUUUUCUCUUUGUAUUUUUGUACAGUGUCUUGAGGUUUAGUGGCAUUGAGAUGCUUUAGAAAUUAACUUUAUUAUUAUGUGUUAUGUCCCCCCCUUUCCUUAUCUCUCAUCUUUCUGUCUCUCACCCACAUCAGUCUCUCAUUUCAGUCUUUCUGUCAUUAUCUUGCUCAUCUCCCCUUGGUGGCCAUGUUUGUGUCAACAGUAGUUGUACCGCGUCUGUGUCGUCGGUAUAUUAACUUAGGGGCGUUCGUGUUGUAAGAAUCGGUCUGCUCCUGAUUGAUUUAUAAAUAUGUGUAUA